AUGAGCUUCGAUAACCCCUCCUCUUUUUCGACUGCUUCCUCUUCUGAUAAAUCAUCUCAGUCCAGGCAGUCUCGAUCUCAGCAGUCGCCCUGGGGACAGCCAUUCACAAUCCGCCGCCCUCUGACCCUGAACACAACCGCUUCCACGCGCAGGGACCACACCACCUCUGAAUCUGACCUUUGUAACUCAUCCACCUCUCCCUCCUCCGGCAACUUCCCUCCCUUGGUGGCCAGCUCCGCUGCUCGCUUUGGCUCGCGCCGAGGCACGCCCCCGAGUUCUUCUCAUUCCAACUCCCCCAUCACCGGUCUUCAAACUGGCGCUCAUCAGCUGCAGAGUUAUCAGACCCGCUCUAUCACAUCCCCCAGAUCCAGAACCGUCACCCCAUCGCAGUCUUUCGUUUCGGGCACUGCAGGCAAUUUCUCUCAGCCAGCCCUGGGGGCCGGAGGAGGUGGUGUCUCCGGCAGGAGUGGUGCAUAUUCGCCUUCUUUGACAGGUACUGGUGUUAGUUCGCCAACCGCCCUUAACUUCGAGCGUUCUCCUAGCAUAUCAUCCAACGUGAGCUCGGCAGCUGUAGCUCCAUCAUCACUCUCAAAGAUCUCUGCAACUCAGAUCCUGCUCUUGCUUGAUACCAUCAGCGAGAGAGAAGGCAAAGUCAAGUGGGAUAGCAAAGCUGAAAAAGUCAGAAAACUUCUAGACUCCAACGGCAUGGAGGUCUUUGCACAAUUCUUCCGUCGGACUGUCAUCCUCAAUGCUGCUGCCAUUUUCUCUGGUGCCAAAGACUUUGAUCAAGGCAGCUAUAAACUCCUUCGACAAGAGCUAGACAAAGUGCUCUGGGACUAUGAACAGUCCUACAAAAUUGCAGAAGCAAUAGACACGUCCAAGGAAGAUCUUUUCCGUGACUUCGACCUUGUUACCUUCAUCCAACACUUCUUCAGCGACACAUUGCCACAGGUCAUUCUGGCUAUUGCUUUUACAAGAUGUGCUCGAAACGAUUUGCGGGCCAAGGCUGAAGCAUUCUUGAACGAAUUUGGCUCCUCUUCGCUCAGGACCCUGGCAGACAAUCGGGCGACCUCCCAAGCCUUCUCCGUCGAGUGCGUCUGUUCGGUCAUUGAGUACUAUGCACUGGCGUCUGGUACGAAGACUCAGCAGCAAAAGAUAGAUCUAUGGACUGCCCUGUCCGCUCGAUACGCUGGGCUAAAGCCAGAUCAAUUCGCCGCGGCCUUGACAUCUUCACAGCUGCUGCGGUUGACUAGCGAGGCACGAGAAUUUGCCCGCGGCCUCCAGCGGAACGGCCCUAAGCCUACCGCAACAAAACAAACAGCCCAAGAUUUUGUAAACUCGUUUGACGCAAAUGUCAUCAAUGAGUCCGAGGUCACCAACGCAGUCUUAUUCUUGAUCUUUUCAUUUAAUCAACAUUACGACCUAAAUCACCUUAUUAAUGCCCUUCAAACAAAGAAGCUUGAUUGGAAUCUUGUCGUUCAAGGCUUCGACAUCCCGGGGCUCCGUCUGCGAAGAGAUUAUUUUCCACAACUCUUGAAUGCGCUUAGGGAACCUGCGAUUGACGACCCGUCUUUCGACUUGCAGAAGCUGUGGGGAGGUCAAUGGCAGAAUGCCGACACCCAGAUUUCAUUCUUAGGAGGCUACCUUGCCGGCUCGCCAAAGGAUAUCCAAUUGGGGAAGCUUCCAAAUCUGAGGUCUAGCCUCUCUAUCGAAGAUUUUACCAAUCAGUCUUCAGAAAUGAAGCGGCUACUUGAAGCAGAACUUGCAAGUCCCUAUCUCUCUGCCGAUGCAUGCCAAGCAGUCUUCGAGGUGGUUCUCGGACCAAAUGCAGCACCAGAAGGCGAAGAUCGUCUGGAUAUCUUGCAUGACGUGUAUCAAUCUCACGCCGCCAUCUUCCUCUUAUACCUGUCCCGCAUCAAUGCAAAGCCAUGGGCUCCUGAUCAAGAGAAAUUCAUCGCUGAGUGCUUCACCAUGUUCCUCGAAAAGGGAAGACCAGAUUAUCAACCUGUCCUCGAAACUCUUUCCUCUCAAAACCCACAAUUCCUCUUUGAUCUUUGCCACCUAGUUUUUCAGCUCGAUCCUCGCCAAACGGAGACCGUUUACGAUCGAGCUGAGGAAUUUGGUUGGACUGAGAGUUUCUUGAAGCACUGGUCGAACCCCUUGGCUUUGGACAUCGCUUGCAUCCGGAACAAAACCGUGCCAGAUUUCAAUCUUGACAAGUAUAUCUCAGAGGCAGCUGAAGCCCAACCUAAUCUCGGGAUGAUCCUCUGCAAAUAUCUCCGAAUCAAGGCCGACGAUGAAUUUCGUGUCCAGAGGGGCGAAACCGCUCCACAAUCAACCCCACUUAGUUUGCGUACUGUUUAUACCCUUCUUGAGAAAUUGGAGGACUAUCUUGACAAUCGCGAACUUCUUGAGGCUGCGCAGACGACCUGUCUACAAACAUAUCCACGAUUGAUGAAUUACGGCGCUGGCUUUGAUGAUGUUUUGGAGAAAAGCAGUGAAGAAAAGGGCAACAAGCUUCCUGAAGCCAUUGACAAGCAGAUGUCAGAACUAUUUGGCAGAAUGUACCGUUCCGAAUUGUCCAUCCGUGAUAUGGUCAAUGAGAUGCGACGAUACAAAACUUCUCGAGAUCCAGAUCAACAGGAUCUUUUCUGUUGCAUCGUUCAUGGCCUGUUCGACGAGUACGUCUGCUAUAACGAGUACCCCGAGGACGCACUUGAGAAGACCGCACUGUUGUUCGGUAGCAUCAUCAAAUACAAACUGCUUCCUUCCAUUCCUCGGGAAUUUGGCCUCGCACUAAUACUACGAGCGGUCCGUGAUCAUGAAGGCGAUUCUCUCAUGCAUCGAUUCGGUAUAGAAGCAUUGCUGCAGAUUAGUGAUCAGCUUUCUGAGUGGCCAGGGCUGUGCAGUUUGUUACUGCAGGAGCCUUCCCUCCAGCACCCAGAAAUCCUUCAACGAGCAGAAGAAGGCCUGAGAGCAGAACAAGCGAGUGGGACCGUGGUGGGUACAAACGGAACAGGCAAGACCCUUCCCACAAAUGGUGAAGAGCCCACAAAGACCGAUGCAAACCGCGGAUUUCGAGGCUUGCGAGCCGACCCUCCUCCACCUCGCUCGACUUUCCGUGAUCCUGAUUCAAAGGUCCAAGAGAAAAUCCUUUUCGUGAUCAACAACCUUUCAAAGGAUAAUAUGUCCAGCAAAUUCACAGAUCUGAAGGAGUCACUCAGCACUGAACACUACCAAUGGUUUGCAUCCUACCUGGUCGAACAACGUGCAAGGUUGGAGCCCAACAAUCAAGAGAUGUAUCUCCAGUUCAUCAAACUAGCGGACGAUUCUCUCCUUCUGUCAGAAAUCAUCAGGGAAACCUACGUGAGUGUAGCCAAGUUGAUGGGUGCGGAGUCAACCAUCAACUCUGCCACAGAACGAAGUCACCUCAAGAAUCUCGGUGGCUGGCUUGGCUCUCUCACCUUGGCACAGGAUAAGCCGAUCAAACAUCGGAACGUUUACUUUGUCGAUCUACUCAUUGAGGGCUACGAAACCCAGCGACUACUUCUGGUCAUUCCGUUCACCUGCAAAGUUCUGGCGCAAUGUGCACGUUCAGUUGUGUUUAUGCCCCCCAAUCCAUGGCUGAUGGAGAUUGUUCAGGUCUUAGUGGAGCUCUACCAUUUCGCUGAGCUUAAGCUCAACCUGAAGUUCGAGAUAGAAGUUCUCUGCAAAGAUCUGAACCUGGACUUCAAGAAGAUAGAGCCUGCUACGGUCAUACGAGAUCGUCCUCAAAAUGAUGACGAAAUCACCAAUAUCUCCGGCCUACCGGACGGUCUUGAAACCUUUGACGAAAUGUCACUCAACGGCGCCAUUAACCGUGGUGUGAGAGAACGACUAUCAGCUCCAGAAAUCAUGGCGACGCUUCCUAAUCUGGAAGAAGUGCUGAAAUACCCUCCUACCUCCGGCAGCCCUGCUGACCAGGCCAUGGUCAAGAAUAUUAUCUAUCGGGCAUUUGACCAAGCCAUUCAGGAGAUAAUAGCUCCUGUAGUUGAGCGCUCAAUUACUAUUGCCUCCAUCUCCACAGCCCAACUUGUUGCCAAAGAUUACGCCCUUGAACCUGAUACGGAGAGAUACCGAGAAGCUGCCCGCCAUAUGGUAAAAGCGCUUGCUGGAAGUUUGGCUCUGGUAACAUGUAAAGAGCCACUUCGGAUGAGCAUCUCCAACUAUAUCCGUCGGCCAGCCCAGGAGGACUUGCCCGAGCAACUCCUACCCGAGGGCGCCAUCCUUAUGUGUGUCAAUGACAAUCUGGACACUGCCUGCAGUUUCGUCGAGCAGGCUGCUGAGCAACGCGCUCUUCCUGAGAUUGACCAGGUCAUUGAGGGAGAGUUGGAAGAGAGACGUCGAUUCCUUGCUGAAGCAGCUGGUCGGAACUUCAUUCCCUCGGGAAUCAAUCGUUGGUCAGCGUGGAUUCCUGAGCCUUACAAGCAAACGGUUGGCGGAUUGAACGACGCUCAAAGAGCUGUGUACGAAGACUUUGAUCGUCGCGUCCAUGGAAUGAACGUAAACCAUGUGACUAACGCCUCCGCCGACACUACCGGGCGCCAAAUCCCUGACGUCUUGCAGGAUGCUUUGGCAAUGCCGGCUCUGUCUACACCAGCCGAUCAGCCCGUCCUGCCACAUCAGAGUCCUCUGGUUCAGCAGGAGAACCGCAUCCUGUCGGCAUUGCAGCAACCUCGAGUCAACGGGUUCCCAGAAACACUUCCCCCCCAUGAGAGAAUAUCAAUCCUCAUUGAAGAUGUCCAGAAAGCUGCAAGAGCAUCUGAAGCAUCCCGACUGAAAGAUUUGGAAAGGAACAGCUCCAUCUUUCAGGAUUUUCGGCAGAUCCUCAUCGUGCUUACCUCCUCUACUCGCCCAGCGGCAGAUCUAUUGGCCAGGCAGAUCGCCGAGAAGAUUUGCAACAUCUUUGUCUCAAAGCCACCUCAAGGCCCCCUCGAGGCUGAGGUUCUUGCAUUCUUGUUGUCUAAACUUUGCCAGCUAUCCGAACUCAUCAUUCGCGAUGUUUUAAGAUGGAUGACAGCAAAUGAAGACCUUCUGUUGGGGAGCUCCAAUGUUGUUGUCGCUUUGUUGGCAGUGGGUUUGAUGGAGUAUACACGGGUUGAUAUCGCUAUUGCGUCAGUCCUUAUGGCACGAAAUCCUCACGGGCUCCAGGUCUUUGCAGAUAUACUGGAUCAGACCCUGUUCACCGACGAGCCAACCGCGUUGCGUGCCGAUUUCGCAAAUAGUAUGAUUGCUAUGUCAUCAUGGCUCAAGGAGGAGUCUGAACUUCCCUUGGCCACCGAGAUCAACCGAAAGUUGGAAGCUCACGGUUUUUCACAAUUCGUCAGUGUGGACAUCCCUGACAAAGUCAAAGUCAAGCAAGAUCAAAUGCGAUACGUCUUCGAUGAAUGGGUUGGAAUCUUCGAGAAUAUUGGUCCAAACGAAGGUACCUGUGCAGCAUUUCUCAAGGAGCUCCAUAAAGAACAAACAAUCAACAGCACAGAGGAUUUGACGGAAUUUCUGCGUUUGUGCCUCGAGGCUUGUAUCGACUGCUACGACCGCGAAGCGCAAAGCGUUCGAGGCAGUGUUGAUGUUGCAUUCUCGCACGCUGAUGCACUUGCUCGCCUUGUUAUCUUGUUGGUUAAGUUCCAAGGUGAUAACACCGGCGCAGUCCAAAUCAACAAAGCCACCUAUUUGCAGAAUAUCUUGACAGUCCUCGUUCUUAUUCUGAACCAUCACCAGGUCAUGCGUGGUGUGGCUUUUCAUCAACGCCUCUUCAACCGUCUCUUCACCAGCAUGCUUUACGAAUACUCUUCAGCAAGACUGGAGGACACAUCUGAUCACAAUGAUCUCAUGCUGGCGUUUGCCAAGUGCUUCAAGUCUCUACAGCCUGCAUGGUUCCCGGGCUUUACCUAUGGCUGGCACAGCCUGGUACUCCAUCGAGUAUUUGUGAGUGGUGUUCUCAGACCCAACAAUCAACGUGGAUGGGAUAGCUACCGUGAGCUCCUUGGGUUGCUUCUGCUUUAUAUCUCGGAGUUGUCGAAAACACCUGGUCUCGAUCUUUUGAAUCUUGACCUUUACAAGGGUACUCUUAGAAGCAUCCUAGUGUUACUUCACGAUUAUCCUGAGUUCCUAUGUGAGAACCACUCUCAUCUCUGCUCCAGAAUCUCAUAUGGCAUCCCUCAAUUGAGGAAUCUGAUCCUUACGGCCAAGCCAUCAGCAUAUCACGACCUUCCUGAUCCAAUGACCCCUGGCUUGAAGAUCGAACGUCUAGAUGAGAUGAAGCGAAACCCGGUUCUUGCUCAUGAUUUUGAUGCACCACUAGAACAUGAGGGGUUAAAACAAAUCGUCCAUGAUAUCGUCCACGAAAGUACUGAGGUGGAAGUCGGGUUGAAGCAAAUCAAGGCUGUACUACAAAGCGAAGCAGCACAAGCUUCAGCGGUGUCGCCAGCCAAGAAUGUGGAAAUCAUCAACGCCCUGGUGCCCUUUACUGGACAAGAUGCGCUGAAUAGUACGCCAGGAAGAUUUGAUCCUAACUCGGUGCACGUGUCAUUCUUCACCAAACUCGCGCUUGGUCUCGACUAUGGCGGACGAUAUCAGCUCUUGAAUGCAAUCGCCGAUCAGAUUCGCUACCCCAACACUCAUACCGACUUCUUCUGCAAAUUGUUGCUUCACUUGUGGGGAAGUGGAAACGUGGAAGAGGAACAACGAGAACUGCGAGAACAAAUCGCUCGUGUGGUGUACGAACGCCUUACCGUUGCACGACCGCAUGUUUGGGGCAUGAGCAUACUUUUCAUUGAAUUACAGCAGAAUGGUGCCUAUGGCUUCUGGGAGUCGAUAACAUCCGAUGUGAAUAUGCAGCAACGUCUACAGCAAGCAAUGCGGACACCGAACUGA